UGGCCCGCAGAUUGCGCGCGCGUGCUCCGCUAGGCAUGGCGGCUGCGAAGGCGCCUUGGGAGUUCCAUGCCAAGCGGCCCUGGGCUGGGCAAGAGGCGGUAGGCGAUCCGGAUGAGGAGGACGAAGAUGAUAGCGGUGAAGCCGAGAAUGGGUUCUCCCUGGAAGAGGUGUUACGGCUCGGAGGCACAAAGCAAGAUUACCUUAUGCUGGCUACUUUGGAUGAAAAUGAGGAAGUGGUGGAUGGAGGAAAAAAGGGAGCAGUUGAUGAUCUUCAACAAGGUGAACUGGAAGCGUUUAUUCAAAAUCUUAGUUUGGCCAAAUAUGCAAACUCUUUCAUUGAAGAUGAUGAACAACCUAAAAAGGAAAAUGCCAGCAAAAAAGAAUCAAAAGUAUCUAACAUUGAUAAUAAAAAGCAAAAUGCAGCAGAAAGAGAACGGACAUCAAUCAAUAAGGUGAAAAAUAAGAGGCCAGAACAGCGUUCUGAUAAGAACAGUGGUACCAUAUCAAAAGUAAAGAAAGAUAAACAACAAGACAUCUUUGAAUUUUUUGAGAGACAGACAUUGUUACUCAAGCCUGGGGGCAAAUGGUAUGAUUUGGAUUAUACCAGUGAAUAUUCUUUGGAACCUCAGCCUCAAGAUAUUGUGUCUAAGUACAAAACUCUGGCUCAGAAGCUAUAUGAGCAUGAAGUUAACUUAUUCAAAAGUAAGACGAAUAAUCAAAAGGGAGCCUCUUCUACCUGGAUGAAGGCGAUUGUAUCAUCAGGGACACUAGGUGACCGGAUGGCAGCCAUGAUCCUUCUCAUCCAGGAUGAUGCUAUUCACACACUCCAAUUUGUAGAAACUCUUGUGAACCUUGUUAAAAAGAAGGGCAGCAAACAGCAGUGCCUCAUGGCUUUGGAUACUUUCAAAGAGUUACUCAUUACAGACCUUUUGCCAGAAAGUCGAAAGUUACGGAUUUUCAGUCAGCGUCCAUUCAACAAAUUAGAACAGUUGUCCAGUGGCAACAAGGAUUCAAGAGAUAGAAGGUUGAUAUUGUGGUAUUUUGAACACCAACUAAAACACUUAGUAGCUGAAUUUGUUCAGGUCUUAGAAACUUUAAGUCAUGAUUCAUUAGUAACCACUAAAACUCGAGCACUUACAGCUGCUCAUGAGCUUCUUUGUAACAAGCCUGAGGAAGAAAAGGCUCUUCUUGUUCAGGUGGUAAAUAAACUGGGAGAUCCUCAGAACAGAAUAGCCACAAAAGCCUCUCACCUGUUAGAGACAUUACUUUGUAAACAUCCCAAUAUGAAAGGAAUUGUGUGUGGUGAGGUAGAAAGGCUACUCUUUCGUUCAAAUAUCAGCUCCAAAGCUCAAUAUUAUGCAAUUUGCUUUUUAAAUCAAAUGGUCCUCUCCCAUGAAGAAAGUGAAUUGGCCAACAAAUUAAUAACUCUUUAUUUUUGUUUUUUUCGGACUUGUAUCAAGAAAAAAGAUAUUGAGUCAAAAAUGCUUAGUGCCCUUCUAACAGGUGUGAAUAGGGCAUACCCUUAUUCAGAGACAGGUGAUGAGAAAGUGAAAGAGCAGGUUGAUACUUUGUUCAAAGUGUUGCAUGUUGUAAACUUUAAUACCAGUGUGCAGGCUUUAAUGUUGCUUUUCCAGGUAAUGAAUUCUCAGCAGACAAUAUCAGAUCGAUAUUAUACAGCCUUAUACAGAAAGAUGUUGGAUCCUGGGUUGAUGAUGUGUUCCAAGCAAGCUAUGUUUCUUAACCUUGUCUACAAAUCUCUGAAAGCUGACAUUGUGUUGCGUCGUGUGAAGGCUUUUGUGAAGCGGUUGCUUCAGGUUACUUGCACACAGAUGCCACCUUUCAUAUGUGGAGCUUUAUAUCUUGUGUCUGAGAUCUUUAAAGCAAAACCAGGUUUAAGAAGUCAAUUAAAUGAUCACCCGGAGUCUGAUGAUGAAGAAAAUUUUGUUGACAUAGGAGAUGAUGAAGACAUAGAAAAAUUCACUGAUGCAGACAAAGAAAUAGAAAUGGAUACAAUGAAAAAAGUGCAAACAGAAGAAGCAGUGCCUGAAAGUGACACAGACACCACAAAACCAAAGACUCCUUCCUGGGUACAUUUUGAUAAUUUGAAAGGUGGCAAACAACUGAAAACAUAUGAUCCAUUCAGUAGAAACCCUUUGUUCUGUGGAGCUGAAAAUACAAGUCUUUGGGAACUCAAAAAGUUAUCGGAGCAUUUUCAUCCCUCCGUGGCCCUUUUUGCAAAAACUAUCCUUCAGGGAAAUUAUAUCCAGUAUUCCGGGGACCCACUGCAGGAUUUCACCCUAAUGAGAUUCUUGGAUCGAUUCGUAUACCGAAAUCCAAAGCCACAUAAAGGCAAAGAAAAUACUGACAGUGUUGUGAUGCAGCCAAAAAGGAAACAUUUUUCAAAGGAUACUCAUGGUCUUGCUGUGAAUAGUAAGGAGUUCCUCGCAAAAGAAGAAAGCCAAAUACCAGUGGAUGAAGUGUUUUUCCAUAGGUAUUAUAAAAAAGUUGCUAUUGUUAAAGAGAAACAAAAACGGAGUGCUGAUGAAGAGAGUAUAGAAGAUGUGGAUGAUGAGGAAUUUGAAAAGAUGAUUGACACAUUUGAAGAUGAUAACUGUUUCACCCCUGGAAAGGAUGAUCUUGAUUUUGCCAGCAAUAUGAAGAAAAAAACAAAAAAAGCUAAGGAUAACUUGGAAUAUGAGGAUUCAGAGGAUAGCGAUGAUGAAUUCGAUAACCUGGAUGAUGAUGAAGUUUCUUUGGGAAGUAUGAAUGAUGAAGAAUUUGCUGAAAUUGAUGAAGAUGGAGGAACAUUCAUGGAUGUGUUAGAUGAUGAAAAUGAGAGCAUUCCAGAGUCUGAUGAAGACAGCUCAAAAGUCAAUACUAAGAGAAGCAAGAGAAAGGAUGAUGACGAUUUUGACUUUGCUGGGUCAUUUCAAGGACCAAGAAAAAAAAAGAAAAGAAACCUCAGUGACUCCAGCCUGUUUGUAUCUGCUGAAGAGUUUGGCCACCUGUUGGAUGAGAAUGUGGGAUCCAAGUUUGAUAAUAUUGGCAUAAAUGCCAUGGCUAAUAAAGAUAAUGCAAGUCUCAAACAGCUUAGAUGGGAGGCUGAACGUGAUGACUGGCUACAUAACAGAGAUGUGAAAAGUAUUAUCAAGAAAAAGAAAAAUUUCAAGAAGAAGAGGCAGAAACCCACUCAUAAAACUAAAAAGCAAAGGAAAUGAAUUAUUAAAUUAUAACUUAAAAUUCUACUUAUACUUACUCUUAAUUUUUGCUAUUCAUCCAUUUCUCUUGGUCUUGCCUUCUGAUUUCAUAUAUUCCAGACUGUUCGAUGGCUUUAUAGUAAACUAUAAAUAAAAGUAACUGCCAUUUAUAAAAAUCAUAUAAAAUGUUAAACUUUCAUUGAGAAAAAUAAUCUUUUUUCCAUAUUGCUAAUAAUUAAAUGAAAACAACAAUAAUAUUAACAUAUGUUAAUAUGUAAGUUCUAACUACUGUGUAACCUGUGUAAGUUCUAACUAAUUACCGUAAUGAGCACUGAUCAAGUGUUAUAACAUAAUCUUGUUCUGUCCUUGUAACAAUCACCUGAGGAUUAACAUUACUUGACAGAAGCAGCUCUGAGAGAUAGCAAACUUGAGAUAAAACAAAUUUUUAAAACUGAGGUUUAAGUUGUGGUUUGCUUCACCCAGAUGGGUCUCAUUCUACAUUCUUAAUCACUGGAAGUACUAAGAAUCUGCCCAUAUCUAACUCAGCUCUCAUCUAGAUAACUAAGUAAGAAUUUUCCCCACUAUGGUCUCAGAAGGAGCUAAAAUAGGGGUGAAUAGUUUUUUUGGAAACUGAAAUACGAUAAAAUAAAGCCAUUUAGUCCUCAGUCAUAAUUUACUGCAGAAUUUACAGAUUACCUGAAAAAGUUGUUAUGUACUCCUUUUUACUUAAGGAAAACAUACCUUCCAAGAUGAAGGGAAAUUUCUUGCUCAUUGUUUGCCUGAAAUCUAAUGAAAAAAAGGAAGUUAGACAUGAUCAGAUAUUCAUCUUAGUAAAACAUAAAGGCACAAUUUUGUAAUUUAGAGUCUUUAUGAUACAAAGAGUUUUAAAUGUGAUGUAAUUUAGAAAUGUAAAUUUUCAUUAAACAUAACUAUGAAUUUU